AUGGCCCGCAGUCUCCAAGAACUGAUCGAUUACUUACUGGCAGAGAUUGCUCUCUGUGGUGACCAAGGGGCUUCUCUACCUGAUAUUCUAAAUUUCACCACCGCAUUCUACGCCAAAGCAGCGCAGGAUGCAUCCCAAAAGACACAUACUGUCGACCGUCGCUUCCAGGCCAAGGUCUGGUCCUGGUUAACAAGGCAUCCAGAGGUCUCCGUAGGCAAGAAUCGUGAGGGAAAUCACCUCACUUUUGAUGAUGCAGAACGCCUCAGCCAGAAUGCGGACGCGGAUGGCCCGAUGGGCGAUGCUCCUCGAGUCUUCGUCACGGAGGAGCGAACCUGGCUUGCGGUCGCUGGUCAUGAACCGGACGAGACCAAGAUUUUACCUACGGAGUUUGCCCUUCUAUCUAUCAUUGCGGCCAGUAAAUCCAGUGGAGUUGUCCAAACAGAAUUGGUAAGACUCAGUGGCCAGGAUAAACGGUCAGUACCGAAGCGGACAGAUAGGUUGCAGGCCAAAGGAUACAUUCAGAAACGGCCCUUCCAGUUCAGGUCUAUACGGACAAGUUUGUGUAUUUUGCCCCAAUUCUCAAAACCAGAGUAUAUGGCCGAAGCACCGACAAAUCGGGGUGCUGAAGCAACGGAUCGCGUUAUCGAUUUCGAUGUCUUCACUGAUAGACUGUUUGAGAUUCUCAAACAACACGGGAUAAUUGCUCGCGAGGAUCUCAAAAAGAUUCUUGGUUUCUCUGACCGGUGGCGCUGGAAGGUGCUUUCCCGUGCACUGCGCAAGUUUGAACGCAUUGGUGUCUUGAAACGGGUCAAGGCGAUGUCACAGUACAAAGACACGAUGAACAACUCAUAUCCAUGCGUCAAGCUUCUACGGGAACCUUCAGAAAAAGACCUCGAAUUGUUCCACCUUUUUAGCCGCAAUCUUAUGGGCCAGAAAGAGGACGACGCGGACGAGCCAGACGAAGAUCUGGAGGAGGAAGCAGGAAGAAAUCAGACUAGUGAAGGCACGCUUGGCAUGAUCAAACGCGAAGACAAUGUUGAGGAAUCUGGCCGGGCUCUGCCCAUUUGGACACCGGAUCGCAAUCUUCAUCAUAUGAUCUUCAACGUUAUUGAUGCAGCAGGGGCAAAUGGCAUCAACAACUUUGGUAUUGUCCGGAUUUGCUUCGGGGGCUUCUUCCGUAGACCUCUAGAGAACGCAUUGGGCCGUCUUGUUGAAUGUUGGCAGCUUUCGCAACCUCCACACUUGCGCCAUUUGGCUAUCGUCAGAGACACGGUUCUUCACCGGACCCAAGCCAUGUACGUCUACUACUCCGCCACGACCUAUAGAAACCUUGUCGAGGCAGGAGAAGCAGCAUGGGAGGCUGUUGAAUACUCCUCCAAGAAUGCCAAUGGGCGUAUACCGCCCGUCGAUGUGGUUCCUAAGCUGGAUGAAUAUGGAUUCCCUUUGGCGGGCCCUUCAAAGGAAUUAGUCAAAAAAGGCAACGCUAGCCUCCUGGAAUGCAUGGCUAUUGGCAAACCCCAGGAUUAUAAUCGUUCAUUUAGCGAUCCUGUUGCUGUGCAAUUGGAAGACGGCAGCUAUGCAUUUCAAAUCGGAACCCAGAAGCGUGCAAAUCCCCCACCGGAGAGAGAUAGCCAGCCUAGUGCUCCCCGUGGGCGUCCCAAGAAGGAACCAAAGCAAGAGAUCCAAGAAGACAUCAACAUGGAUACGGUCACAGCUGAUAACGGAAACACAGAGGCGGAGGUCGUCCAGGCCAAACGUCCAAAGAAACCAAGAGUUAAAGCAGACCGAUUUAAAGGCAUGUCCGAGAAGGAAAAACUCGAGGCUUUGGGUAUGGAUGAGACGUGGACCGAGUAUAAUAUUCUCCUAAUGGAGCGCCCGAAUCCUGGGGUUUACGCUACGCCGCGCGGUCGACGGAGGCCGGUUGGCAAAGCUCGAGGACGCCCAAGAACUAGUCAACUUGUCGUUUUCAGAUCCCCAAGGCUGGUGUCGUUUCCAUGGUUCAUGGAAGAGACCGAGGCUGAGGCUGAGGCCAUGGAAGGGAUUGCGGAAACCGGGGAGGAUGCAGCUCCCGAGACUCCAUCUCGACUACCCGGCGGAGAAACUCCUAUUGCUACUCCGGUUACCAAUGGACCUGCAAUUGAGGACACUGCCACGCCUAUCACUAUUUCAAGAGGAAUUAAGAGGGCCUUCCACGAAGGCCAGCCUGUGGAUGGAGAACCGUCCCCUGUAGCUGCAACACGGAGGGGACGACCACCAAAGCAAAGACGCAAGAACGACGAGGAUAAUACAGACAUGCAAGAUGCCCCAGCCACGUCGCAAGAUCAACAUGGCCCUAGAAAUCGUGAUAUCGAUACAGCCGAACAUCCAGUCAAACGCAAACGCUUACCAUCACUUGCCGAACCCGAACGGGCUGCCGUGGAGAUGCAAGAGCCGAGCCGGUCAGCUGAGAAUAAGGCUAGUAGAAGACAGCCAAAGAAACCGCGACAUGAAAACGAACCUGCUUUACAAAAUGGAACUAAUUCUGCUGUUCCGAUAUCAAAAACGCCUCAACCCUUGAGUCAGUUAGGACCACGGUCUGGUGGCGAAGAAGGCUUUGAAGAACGCCAGACUCUGGCUAAUGAAGCACAAAUAGUCGGCGCUAUGGUUGUUAACCAUGAUGGACCUUCGAAUGUUGAUCAGCCACAUGCCGCAGCAGAUACUACUACAGAGCCCCGCAAAAAGCGAAACAAGAAAGGCCGCACGGAUAUAGGCGGCUCCGUGGCAGUCCUACGGAAGCAGGUUCUCACAGAAAUUGUCGACAAGGCUGGAGGGGCCUAUCCAAUGGGUAGUGAACUCUGGUAUCCAUUUGCAACCGCAUGGAUGAAGACAAAGUACAGAGAAAAGCCCGAUAUGCGCACUCUCCGGACCUCAGUCAAGCAUUUGGUUGAUGCGGGCAAACUUCGCCAACUAACCUUCAGUGGCCGCGAUGAUAAGGGCGUGAUGAUCACGAAGAGUAUCAUCACGAAGCCUGAACUCCCGCCAAGUCACCCAACGGUUAGGGACAUGCAGCAGAAAAUGUUGUCGGCAGGAACGCGAUUUUACUUCCCUCCAAACAGCGAUAUUCACCCGGACAUCAUUAAGGGUAGUAACGGAUUGAUCAAACGCGAACAUAGACCGAUUACCCAGAUCCCGGUUGAGACCGGUUUAACGGUGCAACUGCAGCAAAAGCCAAACUACGUCUUGGCGAAGGAAAGGAAGAUCCAAAGACAGUUCUGGGAAAUGUUCGAGAACGAAUUUGUUGAAACCAAUGAGCCUAGAGCCGGGCGGUUGAUGACAAUCCGCCGUCCAGGACAUGGUUCAUCAGCAAACAACAUGACUUCGAUCGCUAGGCCCCGUAGCAUGGCCGUCGGUGAAGGUAUCUUGAGGAGAGCCGGUGAAAUCAAAAGGCUCCGGACUGCUGUCUCGUGCUUGCCACCUUAUGCUAUGUUCAUGAACGCCACGCAGACAUUCCACGCAGCCAGUGGGACAUUCGGGACUGAGCCUGGCGUUGCAGCUCGCCGGCCGGUGCUGCGGAAGAAGCCACCUUCCUUGUCUAUCCCUCUUUAUACUAUGUUCAUGAAUCCAAGACAGGUGUUCAAUGCAACCACGGGGACGUUCGGGACACACGCAGGUGCCGCACCUCGCCGCGGAAGACGGAUGUAUGACCCACCGGACUCACUCGAUGCACUAUUUGCUCAGAGAGAACCGCCUGCCUUGGAAACGGCAGAAAUCACAGACCCAGUCGACCAGUUUUUCAGAGAAAGCAACGACCUUCUCAGAUGGGAGCUCGAGAACGAGGACUUCUUCAAUGAGAAGCGUGAUCGUCUUGAGUACUUCAACCGAACCGUCCCAGGCUCCUUCGAUAGUGAACCAAUCAGACGGAACAUCCGUUUCGAUAUAGAUCGACGAACAGAACGGGCGAUUCCACGCGAGCGCGAGCCUGUGGCUACAAGACGGGCUACGAAACAGGUUACGAAACCAGUUACAAGACAGCCUACACGACAGCCUACAAGACAGGCGACUCGAGCCCCGCCGGAGCGUCGUCUCGAGAAAUUGACGGACCUUUCAACACCUGGCUCCCACAAGGCCUCCCCCAAGCAACCCAUCCGCCGCAACCGCAUAGUGCACACGCUUCCCCCAGAGUUCGUGCAAAGAAUGAUCGCUUCAAUCGUAGCCGUUCGGGUGCUGGCAGGUGGCCUGGAAGCGAAGAACGUCGACUGGCCACUCGUAGCAAAAUGUUUCCCAAAACACGAGGGACAGUUCAUACAUGAGCGCGGCAAAUCUAUUCUCAGCAGAAACAGGCUGCAGGUCGCCAAGAUGCAGAGCGACUUCCAGGAGCGGUUCAUCGAGGCGUACGCCACUGAUAAAGUCCCGCGCAUCGACUACGAUAAUCUCGACGGCUAUGAUUGGGAGGGAGUGGUAGACUGGGCACAGGCACAGCUAGAUAUCCCAUCAACAGAGAAACUGCCCAACCUCCCCGCAACCAAGGCCCAAUUCGACAGCGUCUUCGAACUUCGCGAAGAACCACCGCCCGCCCUCGAAGAAGUCUACCACGGCAUCAACUCGGUAACCCUGAACCGCAAACGCACCCUCAUCGCCGGAGUCCCCUUCGCCGAACCCCUCCGCCCCAAGCACAAAUAUAAACAUACCACAACCCGGAACCAGCGCAAAGCAAACCUCGACCGUCUCGAAAUCGCCAAAACAUGGAUCCGCGCGAACAUCGUCACUCCGCAGGAAUCCUACAACGCCACCGAAGCGCGCAAAUCCCUCGAACGCUUCGGCGAACCGCUCAUCCAAAACGCUGUCCAAGCACUCAUGACCGAGCGCGUGAUAAUGAUGGGUAACGGUGGCCGCAUCACGCCGGGCCGGAACUACGAUAUCACAGAGGUGUUUGUCACGACGUUGCGACGGCGGGCUAUCGAAAGUAGUCAGUUACGACGGGCUGCGGAGUUCAAAUCCACGAUUCUUGAUCCUGCGUUCCGUGAACAAGGUAGUCUUGAGGUGAAUUAUACUGCCGACGACGGCGACAUACUAGCCCUGAUUAACCUCGCCGCGCACCGCAAAAUCAUCCUCAAACCGCGCGACCCACCACGAGAGAAAUUCGGCCUCACAGAUGGCGGUUACCUAACCCGCCUAAUCGACAAACAAAAAAUGCGCUUCGUCGUACAAAUCACCCCCGCCAAAGACAACUAUAUCUUUGGAAACCCCAUCGAACCCCAACUCUCCUCAACACCGCCACCAACCCUCCCCCAAACCCCCUCUGAUAAAAUCCCCAAAAUACCCGUCUGGCUCGACAUCCACGGCAACUUCUUCAAGUUACUCUGGGAUCUUGUUGCAGGUGCUGUGGUUGGUUGUGUGGCGACGAGGCCGGGUAUUAGCGCGGCGGGUGUGGCGAGUAUGAUGAAGCCGACUGUUGGGGCGUGGGAGGUGCAGGUUAUGCUGGAGUGGUUGGAGAGGGUUGGUAUUGUGACGAGGCCAAAUAGGAAGGGUGGUAGUGAUGUAUAUCGGGGCGAGAAGCAUGGGCAACCGGGGUGGGUUGUUGACGAGUGGUGGUGGAUGGUGACUGGUAGUUAG